ACAACAAGCAAACGCAGCCACAAACAGCUGACAGCAAUCAGCUGUCUCCUAUCACUCAUGACAUCUGUCAUUUACGACAGCCACGAAAAAAUCAAUAAAUUGUUUACCCUGUUUUUAAAUUGUAAUUGUUUGUUUAAUGUUGUGAAAAUGAUCCAGCAUCGAAAUGCGGUUGAAACUCUGACUAUAGUAUCUUGCACUGGCACAUUCUUUUCCGUCAUAUUGCAUUAUGUGUCGGACAUCUCCCCCUUGACCGGAAUAUGGUUUCCCAUUUUCAUUUUCGUUGUUUUUUUCGUUUCUGUGGCUUUUAGUUUUAAGUUUCUGCAGUGGCUGUUGCAAUUAAAUAAACCUGUGAAAUAUGAUUUGGAGGAGCUUGUCAAAGAAUAUCCUUAUUUGUCAUUUCUGCGGGAGGUAUUGCCGUGCCCUCCCAAGAGGAAAACGAAAGAAGUCAGGGAGGAUUACGAUACCAAUGAGUUGAGCGUGAUAACUACGGUUUUGGAGCGUAAGUUGGUGUCGUCAUGGUACGUGCCCUACAUAUCUCAGGAGAUUGGCUUUCCUUUUGCAUGCAAGCAAAUGUUGGACCAAAUGAUUGGCAAAAUGUUCCAGAUUUGCAACAAGAUAGAACCAAAAGAUGUUUAUGUUGACAUUUGCUCCAUAAUGAUCAGCCACUUGAAGGAGUACCGCAAGGCUUUGAAACGGCACGAAAAAUCUCCCACUAGCACUAUAGAAUCUCAUUACAAAACAUCUCAUCCGAUAUCCAACUCGGAUCAGAUGUUAGAAUCUGCUGACCACUGCACUAACGUUCUUCGUGUGGUCCUCAAAGAACUGGUACCGUGGGAACUAUGGGACACACCCCAUUCAGAGUUGCUAGUUCGAAUUCUAUCUAAAAAGCUAGACACAUUCAUUGGGGAGACAUUAGCUGACCCUGUUUGGCUGAAUGAUAAAUUACUUACGAUUUUAAAAGACGAAGAAAGUACAGAAACUGUUCCUGAAAAGGCUGAAGUGGAAACAAAAGAAGAAAUACAAGAAGUUUUUAACGUUAAGGAGGAAUUAUCAGAACCGAUUGUGGAAAAACCUACAGUGGAAUCUGCGUUAUCGACGUUAAUUACGAAUACAACGGCUCCUAUUUUACAGAGACCUUUAAAUGAAGAGGUUAAAGAAGAAGUAAGUGUGGCAAGUGAGAUGAUUGAGAGUAUUGUUGAGGAAGUGCCCGUGACGACUUCAGAUCCCCUUGAUAUCAAGUCAUCGCCGAUAUUGAGGCAACGACGCGGCAGGCAGGGCAGGAAUGAAGUUAAGAUCUAUGACAGAAUUAUUGAAGGCAGCGUGAAGACCUGGGAGACGGACAUCGACCUGCAGUGCAUCAGCCUGGGCCAGGACCUGCUGGCCAGCCUGGACGGCGAGCUCACGCUGAGCCGGCUGUGGGGGCAGGACGCCGACGCCGACGGGAGCCCCAACCCGCCCAGGCGCAAGUCGCCGCAGCCACUGUGGUUUGGCGAGGAGGACGCCAUCGAGUUAGACCUGGCCGACUCCCCCCAGAAGGAGCCGAGUCCCGUCCGCAAGGAGACCAGCCCCAAGCCCGCCGACGCACUCCUCAAGGACCUGCAGACCACCGUCCACCAAGCUAAGACUAAGAUCGGAGACCUCCAGGUCCCACGCAAACUUUCAAUAGAUGUGCCCCGCAAGCAAUACUCCGGUGACGAAGCGGCAGGCAUGAUGGAGGGCCUGCUAGACUUCGGCAUCGCGGGAUUCAAGAAAGGCCUCCGGUUUACGGGACUCAGCGACGAUUCGCAGGAAAAGUCCCCGUCCCAUAGAGAGAAAGGAGGGAAUGGUGAGAAAAUGUCUCCUCCAGAAACAAGCCCUAAGGCGAAGACGGCGGCCGAGCCCAAGGAGGCGGGCUCCUCCACAGUCAUACAGAAAGAAGACAACGGUAACGGUUCAGCCCCGCAGUUAAUUAAGCAGCAGAGAGUCAUCUCCCAGGAUAGCGUGCCGUCUCAAGCCAAGGCGAUUCCCCGCGAGCCGCCGCCGCCGUUGGGAGCUCUGAGUGAUUCCCCGGAGCCCGAGUACGAGGAAGCGGCCGAUCUCUCCACCAGCAUCGCCAAGCUGCGCUGUCUGCUGCAGCAGCGCGCCGAAGCGGGGCCCAGAGCGGAGGACAUCUGGUGGGAGGGCGCGGAGGAGCAGCGCGGGCGCGCCUCGCAGCACGCCUCCUCGCGGCCCGUCGACGCCGCCGCGCUCGCCGACGAAUACGAUAUGAGCAUCGAGAGGAACGUGUCUCCCGGUCAGACGUCGAACAACAUGCAACGGUUGGACAAGUUGUUCCAACGCACGGUGACGGGCGUGUUCAACUCGAUCAAGACUGCAGUCGGUGCCGAGGGUGCGGAAGGAGCGGAGGGCGCGCGCCACGACUGGGCUUACGUCACCACCUCCAUCGAGCUCAGUGUGGGCGGCGCGGUUGCACGGCUGGUGGGGUCGCGGCGCGCCUUCACGCACGUGGACGCGGCACUGGACUCGCUGCACCACCUGGCGCCGCCUCCCAAGCAGGCGGAGCUCGUGCCCGAGGACUUCGAGGAGUGGUGCGCGCAGCUGGGCCGCGGCUGGGCGGGCGCGAGCGAGCUGGCGGCGGCGGCCGGGCUGCUUCGGGCGCACGUCGCGCACCGCCUCGCCGCGCUCCUGCUGGCUGACAUAGCCGAGACCCUCAUCGACUCGUGGCUAGACGAGCUGUCCAGCUGGCUGCGGCAGCAAGUCUUCGCAACCUUCGCUCAGAUGUCGGAAGACGCCGAAGUUAGCCUCGGCAAGAAGCACGCACUGCGUCCGCUUGACGUCGACCACACGUGCGCGGUGGUGUUGAACCACUUGUCUAAAUUGAACCUGUUAUUCGGCUCGGAGACGGUGUCCAGCGCCGCCCGCCUGUCGCUGUCGAGCCUGACGCACGCGGCCGUCAACCGUGACGUAUGCUUUCGUGCGCUGGACGCGAUCGCUCUGCGCUUUAAGGCCGCCGCCGCGCUCCGCAACCCGUCCUUCGACGCCAACUGAACGUAUGUACUUAAUUUACGAUUUACUCGGUGGUGGACUGUGAUUUAAGAAUUGUAGCGGUGUACAAGUGAUUGUUUUGUAAACUACACAAUAUUUCGUUAAAAUUAUCUAAGUUAUUUUAAGUGAUCGGAAGUUACUUUACAGUUAAAGAUGGUCUAACGUUUUUUAAGAAUUCAAUAAAUUAGAAUUUAUCUUUUAAAAGCUGUAGUAAGAAGUUAGUGUUCAGUAAAACUCGUGAAUAUUUUUAUUGCCGAUUUGAAAGAAACAGGCGCGCUAUUCUGAUCACUAUUUUAUCUACUUAUUUUAAUAAGCGUAAAAUACGUACUUGUGCAUAAAUAUUCCAAUGCUUAAUUGUUAUGAAUUUAAUGUUUAUAAAUUAUAAUACUCUUAAAUUAAUACCUACUAAUAGGAUAAGCAAUGUUGUGACAUCACAGCGGAACGGGUCCGGUAUUAUGCAGGUUGAUUUUUUUCUACAAUCAAUAUUACAAGUCUAAUAGUACGUGUUAUGUAUGUUUGUUAAUCUUUCUCGCAUAAACGGCUGGACGGAUUUUUAUGACACGUGCCGUUCCGCUUUGUGUGUCAAGCUUUAACGCAAAUAUGUACGAAUUUGUACAUAUAUUUACGACUGUAUCAUUCCAAAGAGCUGCCGGAGAUAAGAUAUCGGGAUUUUAGUAACUACCUACUUAAGUUUAUAUUGUUGAAUUUAUUAAGCAUAUUUUCUAUUUAUAUAAAUCCAUUUUAAAUGGUGUGAAUACUCAGGAUUAUUAAGGAAGUCAUUAAUGUUAAGAAAUAAACGCCAAAUUUCCAUAAACCUUCAAAAAUAUUUUAUUUCUCUUAGUCUAAAACACUAAAUAUCACAGAGCUCGUAUAUACAUUUAUAAAAUAACAUACUAUUUGAGCUAAGUCGGUAAAUAUAUUAACUUAAUGCUAUUCUCACAUGCGAAUGGUUGUUCAAAUGCAAAACAACACAUUCGUGUCGACUAUUUCUAGUAUUGCAUUAAAAUGGUACCUAAAAUAUUUCUAAAAUACAUAAAAUCCUAUACAAAAAGGUAAGUGGAAGGUUUCUAAAUAUUGCGUCACACUAAGCUGUCAGUCUGUACACAAUACUUGAGGGUUGCCACAAAAGAAAUAAUUUAGUUGCCACAUCGGAAAAAAAAUUGCCAGUGUU